AUACGGAUCUUUAUUGUGAAACCCCGUUGGACUUGUCAUUUCAUAUUCCUAGCUAGCGCAGUGGUGAGCUUGGCUACCCCGUUGGACUCGUCAUUUCAUAUCGCUCAACACUUAAACAGUGGCUGCGCGCCAUUGUCCAGCUACGACGGGGACGAUGACGGCAGAGAUGGUUAGGGUUCGCGUAGUGUUUGAGGAGGGCCACAUGCUGAGCAAGUCGAAGAAGAAAGAAGGACUGAAGCGCUGCUGGCUCCUCCUUAAACCCCAAUACAAGACCAUCUCCGAUCUCUCCUCUCAUCUCCAAAACGCGUUCAAGCUCCAUCGCACUUGCCCUAACGGCAUCACUCUCUAUAUGGAUGGUUUUGUUUUACCACCUUUUGAGUCGACUAGUAUUUUGAAGGAUAAGGACAUUAUCUGUGUGAAAAGAAAAGGGAGCAUGUUAAUUGAUAAGCCUGAUACACCUAUAUCUGCACAUAAUGGGCAUCAAUCCAUAGAGCUUGCAAAGCUUCUUGCAAUUGAGGGGCCUCAAGAUAAGGAGGCUGGAAGACAUGAAACUGAUUCGGAGGAGGAUGGCAGCGGCCAAUUUGGUGAUACAAUUUAUGCAGAACCUGAAAUAGAUGGCAAUGUAAUCUCAAAGAAGAGAAAAGCAUCAAAGAAGCUCAAGAGCCCGAGUCAGAAGAAGAUGAAGUUGUCUUCGCCAGAUAAGUUGACAGUCACUGAGGUUCAUGAGGAGGAAAAAGAAAAUGGAACCCCCACUCAUAACAAAUUGAGUCUUUCCAAGAAGGAGAAUGACAAGUCAUCUAAUUUAUCUAGUCAGAAAAAGAAGUCUAAAAACCUUAAAUCUCAUAAACAGAGUAAUGACAAAAGUGAGCCUAUGCAUGAUGAGAAAAGGUUACCUCAACCUCAAGGUGAUGGUGGAAGUGGCACUAAGAAGACGCCUAGCAGAAGUGCUCGACGAAAGAAAGCUAAGAGAAAAUGGCUAAGGGAACAACUAAAAUCAGAGAAGGAGAAGCUGCAUCAGAGUCCAGCAGUUGAGAAAGAUGUUCAGAAAUUGCCUGCCAAAAAUAAUAUCCGCAGUGUCGCUAAUGCACCACAAUCUGAUGAAGAAAGUGAAGCAGAGGAUGACAUUGUUCCUGUUGAAAUCAGACCAGGGCACAUUCGCUUUCAGUCACUUAAGAAAGGUUUUGAUGCUGUCUUCCUUCUCCAAAGAUAUUUUCAUAAAGGAGCAGGUGUUUCUUUUUGCAUUAGAAUUGCUUCACGAUCUGACAUAUGCUUAUUAUAUGAUCUGUUUGAUGCAGAUCAGGAAGCACCACAGAAUCAGAUCCCAGUGGAAACAAGUCAGUGGAAUGGAAUUACCAGCAAGAAGAAGGGUCAGAAAUGGGGUAAAGAGAGCACCUGGCCUCAUAAACAGGAUGCAUAUGCACAUUCCAGCCAAGAUUAUCAUACUGUUCAGAAUGUUGAAAAGAAACAUGCGUCCAAGGCUAUCGAUUUUGACAAGCUUACACCAUAUACAAGCUUGCCCAAGGAAGGUGAUGUCAUUGCAUAUCGAUUAAUUGAAUUGUCAUCAUCUUGGACACCCGAGCUUUCUUCCUUCAGAGUUGGGCGCAUAACAAAGUACAAUGCUAAAUCAAACAGAGUUUCUCUGGAACCAGUUUCAGAAUAUCCAUUUGAGUUUAAGAAGAAAAUAGAUGACGAUGCAUCUUCUGUACAGUUUGAUCCAUCUCCUUAUGGAGAAGAUGGUUCUCUAGAGAUAGAUUAUUUAUCACUUGCUGAAGUUCGUAUGGUUAGUCAUGGCAACAACUUGAAUUCAUCAGCCAUAGCUGUUUCUAAUAAUGAUUGGGAUCAUCUUACAAAACCAUCUAAUGGUAGCAUUAACAAAAAAUGUUCGGGUGAUCAAACUGCUGUGGGAAGCUCUGAACCGGUGAACGGAGGUCAUACCUCUGCUAAAGAAAAUGGAGCAGUAAAUGUGUGGGAUGAAAUUAACGAGGCAUUAACAGCAAAGAAGACGAAACUGUCACAGGCAAAUUGCUGGCGCAAAGAAGAAAGUUCAAGCUCACAGUCAUGGUCCCAAAGAGCCUUGAGAUGCAGUGCACUAGGUCCAACAAUGGCGCUGCUAAGAUCCCAGAAUGGACUUAAUUAACAGCCUACAUCUCGGCCGAUUUUCUGCGGGGCUGGCGUCGGAUUUCUAUGGAGAUACAUUUUUUUUUUUGGUAUAUAUGGACAACUUUUCUACAUUACCAUCUACAACACUGUUGCAUGUCCGGUUUUCUGCAUUAUGAUGGGGAUGAAUUUUGAACGCUUAAUCUUUUAAUCCGUCUUUUGGAUGUUAAUA